ACUCGUGAGAUAUUUGAUCUACUCCGGUUUGUUUAUAAUUUAUAUUUUCAAAUUAUUAUCAAUGCUAAUAUUUAUACUACUAUAAUGGUCACGAUUAGAAUACAAGAAGGGCAACAGAUUAACUGAAGAUUUCUAAGUAAAUAAACAGUGCAAGCUUCACCUCUCGGACAACCAAUGUUUCUCUCCGACCCUCUUCUGUUUUCGUUAGCUCUGCUAGAUACGGGGGCGAUUUUAUUCCUGCUUAUUUACUUCGUUAUAACACUGUCCGAUCUAGAGUGCGACUAUUUAAACGCUCAGCAGUGCUGCUCGAAACUGAACCCUUGGGUAGCCCCGAAACUGAUAGCCCACGUUUUUAUUACGGUCUUUAUAGGUUUACAAGGCCAUUGGCUGUUGAUGUUAGCCAAUUUGCCGAUGAUCGGCUGGCUAACCUAUGAGAUUAUAAAUAUACCGAAGGGUAAUUUAGGUCUUUAUGAUCCGACGGAGAUUCACAACAGGGGGCAACUUAAGAGGAGCAUGAGAGAUUGCAUGGUCUACUUAGGGUAUUAUUUAAUAUUUUUCUUCAUUUACCUCUAUUGUAUGAUCGUUUCCUUGUUGAAGGAAGACCCCACAGUUAGAAACGAUGACGCAGGAAAUUUCGAAUACUAAUGCAUUCAGUUUCACAAAUUUUUUGUUGUUUGCAGUUUUAUUUUAUUUUAACUUAGGUAAAUUAAUUCCAUUUGUUAAUUGGUAUAAUUGCACUAUUUAGCAAUGCUGUUUUUGAAGGAAAGAAUCGACAAUUAUUAUUGUACCUUGUUUGUAAUUAGCAUAUAGUAGUGUUUUGUAAUAAAUGUUAACUCUUU